AUGAAGGCUAGAUUUCGACGCAAAAGCUCCGCCAAGGAGGAGUCAAAGCCUGGACAAGCCGGUGUCAGCUUUCUGAGUUCGCACCUGGAACCGCCUUCACCAGAGGAAUUGAAUUGGCCACCAACUCCGCCUUCAGUCACCGAAGGGCAGCGCAAGUCCAGUUUGACCAGUCUUUUUUCUAUCUGGUCCAAUCCGUCUUCGUCUGCUGUAAUUGAGGCCAAAUCCCCCGGUAUCAAGCCACGGCACAUCCCGAUUGACAUAUCCAAAUAUCAGACACCAACCUUAUCCACGUACGAAUCUUCUGUAGGGCAUGCUACGAAGACAACGAAUUCGACACGACAGCCACGCCAUGUGCCUAUAAUAAUCCCAGAAUUUGCUCAACCUUUCUCCCGCGAAAUUACCAAACCACCUGACUCCGACAAAGACAGACUCAGCAAUAUCUCGCCUGUCUCACCUCUGACAUCACAGCGUGACGGUGACGACAGGAACCUAGAAAACUCGGAUGUGAAGGAGGCCACUUCCAGCCCGGCCUCGUCUGAGAUCGAUGUAAAUGCAUUUCCCAUCCCGAAUAAUUUGAAGGCAACAAUGAACAACAGCCAAGUGAGCUUGGUUGCCUCGGAAGCAAGUAACGAAGGCGUCAAUAAUUCGGCCCACCCGGCUCACCAGCUUAAUGGCAGUGGUGGCAACAUUGGUAUAUCACCAGGAGUUCCACCGUCAGGCACAGCUCCUACCAAUUUGUCGGGCCUAGUUUGCAAUGUGCACAGAACCACAGGUGAGGAGCCUCAUGCGUUGGUGGGAGCCACCACGACGAUUUUGGGAGAUAGAUUGUAUGUUUUUGGUGGUCGAUUACACUCACGAACAAGACCGCAACUAACCUCAGAUCUCUUUGAACUGGAUCUGAUCAAGAGACACUGGGUCAAAGUUGAUGCCAUUGGCGAUGUCCCUCCCCCACGCUAUUUUCACAGUGUGUGUGCUCUUGGAGACAUGAAGUUAGUAUGUUAUGGCGGCAUGUCCCCUGCAGUGCACAGUCGAACCGGCGGUGGUGCACAUGCAGAGUCUCAGCCCGAGGUGGUUGUAAUGUCUGACAUACACGUUUUUGAUGUCCCGACCCGAACAUGGACUUUGAUUGCCACUGCGGACAACCCCCAAGGACGAUAUGCCCAUUGUGCCGCGAUCCUACCUUCUUCCGCUGCCUUUACCUCGGCCAAUGCACCGUUGUCCGCUAUUCAACACAAUCCGCCCUCAUCAGAUCCCCACUCUGGCACGUUGGGAGUACAGCUCGACGGUAGUGGAGGCGCAGAGAUGAUUGUGGUUGGGGGUCAGGACAGCAGUAAUAACUACAUUGAACAGAUAAGUGUUUUUAACUUGCGAAGCCUGAAGUGGACGAACACUACCUCAUGGGAUCGCAAGUGUGGAGCGUAUAAGAGCAUGGUGGCACCGAUGCCUGGGAUCUCGGCAGAAUUGAUCGGGAGGGGCAUCCCACUUAACGAUGCUCAAUCUCAAAGAAUGAGCUCACGACCUGGUACUUCGAUGUUGAUCUAUUCGAACUACAAUUUCCUCGACGUCAAGUUGGAGCUGCAGAUCCGAAUGCCAGAUGGCUCGUUGGUAGAAAAGCACAUGACAGGCUCAGUAUCUCCCCCCGGGCUCAGGUUUCCGAACGGAGGGAUUAUUGAUGGCCAUUUUGUUGUGAGUGGGACUUAUCUCACAUCAUCAAAACAUGAGUAUGCUUUGUGGGCGCUUGAUCUCAAGACUCUCACUUGGGCACGCAUCGACACGAACGGCUCCAUAUUUUCGCAGGGUAGCUGGAACCGAGGGAUUCUCUGGAAUCGCAGAAACACCUUCGUGAUCUUGGGCCACCGGAAACGAAGCCUUGUGGAUGAUUACAACCACCGACGCAUCAACUUCAGUCAUGUUUCUAUGGUGGAACUCGAGGCAUUCGGACUUUACGAUAACCCACGGAAACUCUCCCCGACUUCUGGAUACGUCUCAGUUUCUUCCCCAGCUGUGCCAGCGUCACUACAGGCAUCGCUGCCCACUCAAUCAGCCGGUGGCCGCCCUUUCUCCAGUAUGGCGGAACAACUCGGCCAAGCAGCAUUGAGCUUAGGCGAACUUGCCGAUAUGGAAAUCGUGGCAUUGGGAGGCGAGAAGAUCCCGUGCAAUUCGUACCUUCUUUCACGACGUUGGGGCCCUUUUUUCAAUCAGCUGCUACUUGAAUCAGCAACUACACAUGAAAGUGCAAGCAUGUCGGAUGCUGCUACCUUGCGACCCAACGCCCGGGUCCAAGCAAGCCGGAAUUCAUCGGUAACUAUUACCCCCAGUGCAGCAAAUGGACUUGCACUGUCUGCUGCUGGAGCCAGUGCAGAUGGAAUCCUGGACCCGCAAAGAUCUUUAAGCAGGUCGACCACGAGGACUCUAGUUGAGCUUCCAAAUCCAACUUCGGUGCCAGCAUCCAUCCGACCGAGGUCGCUAUAUUUGCCGCAUAUGGCACCGACGAUCCAACUGUUACUUCACUUUCUUUACACUUCGUCUCUCCCACCAGCAGGGUCGUCUUUGUGUACACCCCACACAUUGUGCUCCCUUCUACAAAUGGCUCGGCCCUACCAGAUUGAUGGAUUACUCGAAGCAACGGUGGAGCGAUUACACGAGGUCCUGGAUGGCCGCAACUCGGCGGCGGUGUUUAAUGCGGCAGCAAUGGCAGCCGGCGGCGGGCGAGGCCUUGUAGGUGCGGCUGGCGGGACUCUUGCAGCGCUAGGCCGACGCGAGAGCGAAGCUACGACGAUUGGAGACCAGACGUUAGCUUCCAAGACAUCAGGUUUAGCAUUGGGAUCGAACCAAGAGGAAAGUAAAAGAAGAGGGCACCAAAAGUCGAACUCUGUGGAUUCCGCAUCGACGGCCACGUCUGCAUCGACAUCGACCGAUAUUUCUCAGACGGACAACGAGACGUCACCCAACGACGAGAAUGCAGACCCAAGCGGGCGGGCAGAUCGAGAGGCACGCGAGAAGUGGACAGGUGGCCUCAGCUCUGUGAUUGGGCUUCAGAAACGGGGAUUGAGGGGCCUCAUGGAAGGGCGAAGGCUCAGGGAACGAGCAAACACUGGAGGAGGUGAAUGA